CCGGCGCGGGGAGGGAGCUAGCCGGCCGGCGGGAUGGCGACGGCCGCGGGGGGCAGCCGGGGCGGCAGGGAGCCGCGAGCGCCUCCGCAGCGGCCGCCUCUCCCAGCCCGGGCCGGGCGCUGGGGGGCCGGGGCUUGCGCCGCGCUGCUGGCCGCGCUCUGCUACUGGAACUCCCUGCGCGGCGAGUUCGUGCACGACGACGUGUGGGCCAUCGUCAACAACCCAGACGUGCGGCCGGGAGCCUCGCUGGCCGCCGCCUUCGCCAACGACUUCUGGGGCAAGGGCAUGGGGGAGAACACCAGCCACAAGUCCUACCGGCCGCUCUGCGUCCUCACCUUCAAGCUGAAUAUAUUGCUGGCUGGUAUGAACCCCUUCUGUUUCCAUGCCGUGAAUGUAGGCCUGCAUUGCCUAGUGACGCUCCUGCUGAUGUACACUUGUGACAAAGCUGUUUUCAAGGACAGCCGGCUGGCUUUUGUCACCGCUCUGUUCUUUGCUGUCCAUCCCAUUCACACUGAGGCUGUAACGGGUAUAGUAGGCAGAGCAGAUGUCUUGGCUAGUCUCCUAUUUCUGUUGGCGUUUCUCUCCUAUAAUAGGAGUGUGGAUCAGCUUUAUGUUGGGGAACAUUUCCCUCCGACUGCCUCGCUCUUCUUCUUGCUGCUUAGUUUAUUUCUUGGGACUUGUGCAAUGCUGGUAAAGGAAACGGGGAUUACGGUGUUCGGCGUCUGCUUGGUGUAUGAUGGCUUCCUGCUUUCCCAAAACAGACUCAGAUUCAAAAACGGAGGGGUGCAUCAAAGGAUUACUCGGCAACCCGCUGCUUCCCUCCAUGCUGCUUCCUUGCAGUUGCCUUCAUCCAGCAGAGAAAACGGAAAGCACCGUGUGGCUCACAAGGGGACGUGGAACUCCUGCCAUCCCGCGUCGCCAGAGGAACAGCAGCACAGCAACCCUUCUGUCUUGCGCAAAGCUACAUGGGCCGUAUUUAGGUACCUGACUGCAAGUAACAAACAGAAGUUCUUGUAUACCACCAGACCAUUUUUAAAGAGGGCUACCUUGGUACUUACCUAUGUGAUCUUACUUUUGUAUUUUCGUCUCUGGAUAAUGGGAGGUUCCAUGCCAGCAUUUUCAGAACAGGACAAUCCAGCUUCAUUCUCGCCGUAUCUCCUUACAAGGUUUCUAACUUAUUCCUACCUCCUGGCCUUCAACGCUUGGCUUCUGCUGGCUCCAGUUACUCUGUGUUAUGACUGGCAGGUUGGGAGCAUCCCUUUAGUUGAGUCAGUGUGGGAUGUGAGGAAUUUCGCCACCGUUCUCAUGGUGGUAGUAAUGCUGCUGCUUGGUCUACACUGUAUAGUCAUCUUCAAGAAGCUGGAGCACAGAGAAGUUCUGAUUGGUCUGUUGUUCCUGGUUUUUCCUUUUAUACCCGCUAGCAACCUCUUCUUCAGGGUGGGAUUUGUUGUGGCGGAGCGUGUCCUGUAUAUGCCUAGUAUGGGGUACUGCAUCCUUUUGGUCCAUGGCUUAAACAAGCUUUGCACGUGGCUAAAUAAAUGGAGAACCACUGUAAUGGCCAUGUCAGCCUUGCUGCUGUUGCUGUUCUCCUGGAAGACUGUGAAGCAGAAUGAAAUCUGGUUGUCGAGGGAGUCUCUUUUCAGGUCAGGUGUGCAGACUCUGCCCCACAAUGCCAAGGUGCACUAUAACUAUGCCAAUUUUUUGAAAGACCAAGGUCGUGACAGCGAAGCCAUCUACCACUACAAAACAGCACUCAAAUUGUACCCUCGCCAUGCAAGUGCUCUGAACAACCUAGGAACAUUGACCAAAGACCUGGUGGAAGCAAAAGAGUAUUAUAGAAGGGCCCUCCAGUUAAAUCCACAGCACAACCGAGCUCUCUUCAAUCUUGGAAAUCUGCUCAAGUCCCAAGGGAAGAAGGAGGAAGCGGUUCUCUUGCUGAGAGAUUCCAUUCAAUAUGGACCAGAGUUUGCAGAUGCUUAUUCCAGCCUGGCUUCACUGUUGGCUGAACAGGAUCAGUUAAAAGAAGCAGAGGAAGUGUAUGAGGCUGGAAUAGAGAAUUGCCCAGAGAGCUCAGAUCUGCAUAACAACUAUGGGGUUUUCUUAGUGGAUACUGGAUCUCCAGCGGUUGCAGUUUCCCACUACCAGAAGGCCAUCCUGCUUAGCCCCAAUCAUCACGUGGCCAUGGUGAACCUGGGCAGACUUUACCGUUCAUUGGGGCAAAACAAGGAUGCUGAGGCUUGGUACAAACGGGCACUGAAAGUGGCACGGAAUGCUGAAAUCCUGUCUCCCCUCGGAGCGCUGUAUUACAACACAGGGCGCUACGAAGAUGCACUAAAGGUUUACAGGGAAGCCGCAGCCCUGCAGCCAUCUAACAGGGAGACCCGGCUGGCCUUGGCUCAGGUUUUGGCAAUGAUGGGGCAGACGAAGGAUGCAGAAAAAAUGACCAAUCAUAUUGUGACGGAAGAGGCUGAAUGCCUGGAGUGCUACCGCCUCUUAUCAGCCAUCUACAGCAAGCAGGAGAACUACAACAAGGCCCUUGAAGCCAUAGAUAAAGCUCUACAGCUGAAACCAAAGGAUCCCAAAGUCAUAUCUGAACUCUUCUUCACAAAAGGAAACCAGCUAAGAGAGCAAAAUCACUUGGACAAGGCUUUUGAGAGCUAUAAAGUGGCUGUAGAAUUCAACCCAGAGCAAGCACAAGCCUGGAUGAACAUGGGAGGGAUUGAACAUAUCAAGGGUAACUACAUCAUGGCCCGUGGCUAUUAUGAGAAAGCUUUACAGCUGGUUCCCAACAGCAAGCUGCUGAAAGAGAAUCUGGCUAAACUGGAUCGCUUAGAGAAAAGGCUGCAGGAAGUUCGAGAAAGAGGAUAAGGGACAAGACGAUGAACGUACACUUCCUGGUGAUGAGAGAAUGCGGCAGAAAGCUCUACCUUUUCCCACAAAGAAGCAGCCUGAAGAGAGGUGUGGCGGUGAUCCAGAAUCAGAGGGACCAUAAAUGGGUUGGAAGCCACCUUGAUUCAUCGCGCUCCUUAGGUCCUGCUGUUUCUCUCUGAACGUGUUGUAGAAUGGGUGACAGCUUCAUGUUCACCUAGAUCUGUGUUUGGGGAUGCUUCAUUCUAGGUCCAUUAAAUACUCAGUGUGGGAGAUGCAUAAGGAAAUGGGCAGCUCUCAUUAAAAAUAUCAAGCACAGAAUCAUGGUGCGGGAAGCAAGAUGAUGGUCUGUUACAGCACAGACCGGGUACGGGGUGUAUGGAGUCCAUUACACGGGCUUGCUAAAAGAAGUCCUUUACUUUAGACGGCUCCUGGAAACAGGCCCAUCACUCCAGAAGACUGUGGCAGCAGUCAGCCAGGGAAACAUGGGAGGAAGCUGUGAUGGCUACAGUGAAGGAGACAGUAGCCAUCUUCAAGGCCCUCUUGGGGAUUCUGGAAGUAAUUCCUUAGAUGUAAUCAGCUGUCAUCCAAGGAAGAGCCAGGUGCCGCUGCUUUUCAGCUGAACGUUUUGAUCCUUAAGAGAGAUUUCAGAAGAGAUGUCUCUCAUCAGGAAGGUCAUUUUUUGUGUGUGUGACAGUUUACGUUCAAGAUCUCACAACAGAAGAUAGCUAGGUUUGCUUUUCUCCACCGGAACAGUGGGUUUCUGUAGAGAGUUAAAUGGAUUGGGCGGGGUGGGGAGCCAGUUCCAAAAACAGCUAAACAGUUCUCCUUGUAUUUGUGACAUUAAAGAUUGCAGCUGCUCCUGGAAAAUAAUUUAAGUUGGUCAAAAUAUAUAACAGCUGUGAUCCAAAGAUAACCCCCCACACCCAGGCAUGUGUGCAUGCAAGCUCCUUCAUGUGCGCGCGCGCACGCGCACACACCCCAGCUUCCUUUUCCAACGGCAGAACCUUCUGUUGGGUCAGAGUCUGAUUCUGAUGGUCUCCUGGAGUGUGAGGGCAGUUUGCCAGUUGGCACUGGGAGCUGCUGCAGGAAGGAGAGCGUCAGAAUGCCCGCUGCCAGAAUGCCCACUGCGUGCCCAGAAGUCCUCUGAAUGGGCCUUUGAAGCUUGGCAGAAGUCCCGGAGAAGUUUUAACUGACCACAGAGGUUUGCGAUUGGUUUGUUUGCAAGAUUCAGGGUGGAGACCCAAGAUUUUUUGAAAAGUCUAUUUUUUCAUGCAACAAUUCCACAUCUCUCAUUUGAUAAAGAAUAUGGAAAUAUGUGACAGAAGAGAAUUCAUAUCAUACAGGGUUGGGCGUUUUUAUUUUUGCGUGUGUGCGAGAAUUAUUUAUUUAUCAUAAUAAAAUGCUAUAUAUAUAUCUAUAUAUCACUUUUAUCUCUCUCUGUGUGUAAGAGCCGAGAUGACAUCUUUUCCGACCCGAAAUGUAAUGUAACUUGUGGCUGUUGCUUUUAUUUUUAUGAAGCUAGAGAAGGUGGCAACCACAGAGGAGAGGAAUGUAUGUGAAUGCUGUGGAUAUUUGUGAAGCCAUUGGAUGCCCUUGAGCGGGAAGUAGAUUCAUCCCCCCUUGACUCUUGCACCUGCUCUGUUUACUCCGUGCUAAAAUGAGGAUUCCAUAGGCUCUUGAUGAUAAGAUGAAGAAGCCCUUCAUCACAAAGCCGUUGCCCAUUGGGUCAUAUGAACAAGACUGCCAAGACUCUGAGCAAAUGAAUGCCCAACCCUGGGCUCCAGUAAGCAUAACAAGGAAAUAGGCAGCAGUGCUCUGUAACCCAACACAUUCCUACCUCUUACUACAAAUUGGCCCCACAGAAGACUGCUUGUGCUAUAUUUUACAAUCCCUGUCAAAUUGGGGGAUACAGAUGACCAUUCACUAAUUGGUAG